UCAGGUCAUCCUGUCCCUCACCGCCCUCGUCAGCCCCAUGCUCUUCUUGGCCCACCCAGCCCCGCGCUGUUUGUCCUGCUGCUGGGCGGCAGCCGCGUUGUUGUCGCUCCUGGUUGGGAUGUGUGAGGGGGUGCUGGGUGUCUGUCGCUCUCCCUUGGUCAGCGUGUCUUGCAUCGACAUCAUGCACACGAAGGCCGCCGUACAGGUGAUGUCGUCUUCCUUCCCCCCCUUCCAGGCCCCCGCAUGCUGCAGCUCGAAUGGCGUCGUCUCGUCGGUCUUGCUCCUUCGAAAGGCCGCGUCCACAAUGCUGCGUGCGAUGCCGUUUGCUAGGCGGGGAGGGGCGGGGAACGGCAGCUCUGAAGCGAGCACCUAACCAACCUCAUUGGCUCAAUCAGCCUCGUCGAAUAUAACAUGUAAGCAGCGAUAAUGCAUUCGUCUGAAAGGCACGCGUUGCCCAACGUGGAAGGGGCGGAUGCCCACACCUUGAUAUUGACGGGUUUGACGAUCUCCUUCUCGAAGAGGUUGUCUGAAAGGCCGUCUGAGUAGGUGAGGAUGAGGUCGUUGGGCUGCACUGGGACACUCGCCACCUGCAGGCCCCGACUCUUUUCUAGCUCGGCUGGGUGGGGGUGGAGGGGGAAGUUGCCGUACUCGUCGGGCGGCCAUUUCUGCAGCUGAUUCGGGCAGUUGGGGCCCGUCUGCAUUGGUGUCGACGUGUAGAUGGGGUGGAAGCCGCAGAAUGUUGGGCCGCUGUUGCUGCUGCUGGUGUGUGUGGUAAGUCGGGCGCAGAAUGAGGACGCCCGAGUCGCCAAACAGGGCCGUGUCGGCGUAUGGAGCCCACUUAUUGACGAGAGGGACCCAAUUGAGCGACAGCGCCACGAUCGCCAGUGUAGUGGAGCCAGGCGGUCCAUCGUCUGCCGCCCACUCCCACGCAUCCAGAGCGAUGGCCUCGGCUCUGUUGCGGGCACCGCCAUAGUUGGUGGCUGGAGUAAGGGGCUGCUGGCAGGUCAUCAUGUCGCCGAUGGUUGCGAUGCAAUUCGCCAUGCGCUGGGCCGAGAUUCCGUACUUGAUGAAGCCCCCCACCCCAUCCAUUGUCCCAAUGGCUCCUCCUCCGGCGUUGACGAAAUGGGCGGCCUCCUUGUCGCUGGUUCGCUUCUCGUCCUGGGGCAUGGUGAAUGCUCCCCCACGAAGAAACGACCGCGACGUCCAGCUGCAGCUGGAUGUAGCACUGGCGGCCGACAGGUCACUAUCCGCUCGAUGGAGGGGCGGGAAGUACGUUGCAUUGGCGGCAGAUGAGAGCGGCGAGAAGUAUGGGAUGUCAAC